AUGUCCUCAGCACAACAAAUAGCACAGAGGGCCCGUAUGGCGGGCAACUCCCUCAAGACCAUCUCCAACGACAACCGUUCUGCGAUUUUAUACAAGAUUCGCGACGCUUUGAAGGCUGGUGCUUCCGACAUCGAGGCCGCUAAUAAGUUGGACUUGCAAAACGCUAAGGAGACCCACUUGUCUGACUCGUUGUUGAAGAGAUUGGAUCUGUUUAAGGGUGACAAGUUCGAGACCAUGUUGCAGGGGAUUAAAGACGUGGCAGAUUUGGAAGACCCUGUGGGAAAAAUUAAGAUGGCAAGAGAAUUAGAUGAAGGUUUGACUUUGUAUCAAGUCACUGCACCAGUCGGAGUCUUGCUAGUUAUUUUUGAAUCUAGACCAGAAGUUAUUGCUAAUAUUACUGCCUUGUGUAUUAAGAGUGGGAAUGCUGGGAUCUUGAAAGGUGGGAAGGAAUCUGUGAACACAUUUAGAGAAAUGUCCAGAAUCAUUAACGAUACCAUUGAAAAAAAUGAAAAGGAAACUGGGGUUCCAGUGGGAGCCGUUCAAUUAAUUGAAACAAGACAAGAUGUCAAUGAUUUAUUAGAUCAAGAUGAAUACAUUGAUUUAGUGGUGCCAAGAGGUUCUAAUGCAUUAGUGAGAAAUAUUAAAAAUUCCACCAAAAUUCCUGUCCUAGGUCAUGCUGAUGGGAUCUGUUCAGUGUAUAUCGAUGAGGAAGCCGAUUUGGAAAAGGCAAAGAGAAUUGUUUUUGAUGCAAAGACCAACUAUCCUGCAGGUUGUAAUGCCAUGGAAACUUUACUCAUCAACCCAUCCUGUCCAAACUGGUGGGAAGUCCUAGAAAAUGUUACUCGUAAGGGGGAUGUUACUUUACACUGCAUGCCAGAUGUGAAAAAGGCAUAUCUGGACAAGUUGACACAAUUAGGUACAUCAGACGACGUUAUAAAGACCCACACCGUGGAUGUCGAUGAAAAACAUGAUUUUGAUAAGGAAUUCCUUUCCCUAGAUUGUGCCGUUAAAUUCGUCAACUCGACAGAAGAGGCCAUAAAGCAUAUUAACGUUCAUUCAUCAAGACACACAGAUGCUAUCGUUACAGAAAAUAAAGAUUCUGCGGAAUUAUUUUUAAAGGGGGUUGAUUCUUCUGGGGUUUACUGGAAUGCAUCUACAAGAUUUGCUGAUGGGUUUAGAUACGGGUUUGGUACAGAAGUUGGUAUCUCUACUUCAAAGAUUCAUGCCCGUGGACCUGUUGGAUUGGAUGGGUUGGUCAGUUAUCAAUAUCAAAUAAGAGGUAAUGGCCAAAUCGCUGGAGACUACUUGGGUGCAGGUGGGAACAGAGCAUUUAUCCAUAAGGACUUGGAUGUGACAAGAAAAAUUACUUUAUAA